CCCAGCGGCGGUGACUGGGCGAAAUGUUCAACCGAGAUUUGUAAUAGCUGGUAGUACUGUCUGGGGUGGCUUCUGAAUGUAGUGAUGACGGUUUGAGAAAUAAUCGGAGGGUGCUAGAUUUAAUCAAGGCCAAUACUUAAAAGAAAAAUCAUUGCAAGUGCCUCGACUGGCCUUGUUUGUAUUUGUGGGUUAUCCUUGGAACUGAUUACAGUAUAAAGGCAAAAAGUAGCUUAGCUAACUAUCGUGGUAUGGAUGAACUCGUGACCCAGUCUUUGGUUAAAUAUAAAUCUAAGGGACUUUCAAGAGUGACUCGAUACAGACUUUAAUUGCUUUGUCACAUGUUUCUAUGACUGACUAGCUACAUCACAAAUUGUCCUCGGUUAACACACGAACGACAUGUUCAAAGUAUUUCUAAGUAAAUUACUUACUGCUACCAACCUCAACCGUUCAGAGUUCGGACAGAAUUAUCCUAAAAUCCGAUUUUCCCAAUACAGUAUCAUGGGUUAGAGAUUUGAGGGAGAACAUUAUGGGUACAUACAGCAUUCUGAAUCAUGGCUUUUACCUGGACAUGCACCACCUAUUCACAGGAAACCUUUCUAGCUAAAAUAACGUUACGUUAAACGGUCUACUGGGCACUUUGUUUUGACCAUGUUCGUUGGCAGUGUCUAUCUGUACUUUAUAUUGCUGCAGUGUCACAACUCAUGCUAAAACUGUCUCAUAGUUUGCAGGGUCACCAGUGGAUCUGUCAACAUGGUCACUGGAGGGAGUGUGUUAUCGUGACACAAGUAAAGAUGUAUUGAGCAAUGAACUGUAUGCUCUACCGGACUGUGCACAAGGAGGCUAUAUUUAGAGGAUUGACAACAUGACGUCCAGGAAGAAAGUGCUUCUGAAAGUCAUCAUUCUGGGGGAUUCUGGUGUGGGCAAGACCUCCCUAAUGAACCAGUAUGUGAACAAGAAGUUCAGCAACCAAUACAAAGCCACGAUAGGAGCAGAUUUCUUGACCAAGGAGGUGAUGGUGGACGACCGACUCGUCACAAUGCAGAUCUGGGACACAGCCGGGCAGGAGAGGUUCCAGUCAUUGGGGGUAGCGUUCUACCGUGGGGCGGACUGCUGUGUGUUGGUAUUUGAUGUGACGGCUCCCAACACCUUCAAGACCUUAGAUAGCUGGAGAGAUGAGUUCCUGAUCCAGGCUAGCCCCAGAGACCCGGAGAACUUCCCUUUUGUUGUUCUAGGCAACAAGAUUGACCUGGAAAACAGACAGGUGACAACCAAGAGGGCCCAGGCCUGGUGUCAAAGUAAGAACAACAUCCCCUACUUUGAGACCAGCGCUAAGGAAGCCAUCAAUGUAGAGCAAGCCUUCCAGACCAUUGCACGCAAUGCCCUCAAACAGGAGACAGAGGUGGAGUUGUAUAAUGAAUUCCCUGAACCCAUUAAACUGGACAGGAAUGACAGAGCCAAGCCUUCACAAGAGAGCUGCAGCUGCUGAAGUGGUGUUAGGACUAUCUUCUCUCUGGCCUACUGGAACAUCCCCAUGACCCCACUCUCAGUACCUUUGUGGUCCCUACUCCUCCCCCAGAGUGAACUGCUCCUCUGGUCCAUCACAGAUCAUGUCUCAUUCCCGGCCCACCACAAUCCCGUUAGCUGCCCAGUAAUAGUGCACAUGGGUGUACACACUCGGUACCCACAGUACCCACUCACUCCACACACAAAGAAUCUGGCACAAAAAAAAUUCUUAAGAGAAGAAUGACAGCUCACUCACCUGUAUUUCUAACUGCCCCCAGACUCCCUUCUGUUAAUGCUAUUAAGAGAGAUGCAGCCAUUGUUUUAAUAGUGACUGGAAGAUGCAGUGGCUGUUCCUACAUAAUGUGAGAGGGGGUGGCUGGGGACAGAAUCCCUGUGAUUUCUGGUCCUCUUCAUUUUCUAUUCUUAUAGAAAUAUAUUCAUUAUUUUCUCAUAUCUCAGUGAUCUCCUUUGCCUGUUUGACUAUGGAGAAAUAAUGAUUUGUAUUUUAUUAUUUGUAUUAUUGGCUGUUGAUGCAAAAGUCUUAAGCCAGUCGGGAGAGUAUUUGUUAGCACUUUUUCCUUGUCGAGUUGAUUUUUUUCUUUGCCUUUAAAUGUUAUACACAGAGGUCAGCUGGUCAACAUAAUGACUACCACCCUUGUCCAGAACCCAUAAGGAUCCUGUUAAUCAAAAAACAAAACAAACACCUUUAUGCCUGUUGGUGUCCACACCCUUUGUACAGUAGGUAGCACAGUGAUUUGUUCUAAAUUAUCACAUUACAGGGGCAAUAUUCAUAAAAUAGACAACAACAAUAGAAAAACUUAAGACAUAAAACAUGUUAUUAUCCUAAUUGUACUACUGAUACUACUGUAUGUGAUGUAUGUCAUUUGUCUGCCAUCUUGUUUCAACACUAUAAUUACAGAUCUGUUGCCAUACACCUCUUCUCUAAUAACUGUCUCUGUUGCUACUGUUUCUUUUACUCUGCUGGUAGCUCAGGUUGGCAAGUUUGUUAAUAAGUGCAUAAUAUUAAUUUUUAACAGAUUGUGUACUACUAUUGUGUGUAGAUGUAAUAGAUAAAAUGCUGAGAGAUGAAACGGGAUUGGAUGCUCUUUUUAUCUGUGAGUUAUAAAGAAAUAGUCCAAGAAUUUACCCUGGUAUUACUCUUUACUUCCUAAUAAAGCAACUGUGCUAUGCCAAUGAUGUUGAAAAGUAUUGGGAUAUCAAAAUAAGUUAUAAUAAAGUGUCUCUUGAAUAUAAA